AUGAUGCGACUUGUCAUUCUAGUAGCACUGAUCAGUGCUGUUAUCGCUUUUGCACCUGCCCAUGUAAACAGAGUGAAAAAUACUCAAAAUCCAUCACCAAAGUUGUUUGAAACUAGUGGUGAAAGCAACAGGAGUCAAGAAGAAGAAGAAGCCAAUGAGUAUGAUCCAAAACGAGAGCAAGAAAUUAUAUUGGAGAGCAUGUCGCUCGAUGGAGCCAAAGUGAUUGCUAACAUGGAUAUUCCAGAAAGAGCGAAACGGGCAAUGCUGGCCGAGGCGGUGGAAGAUAGGAUCUUUUCAUUGACGGAAAAGUUGGAAAGUCUCAUUGACGAAGAUGGUAUGAUUACCGAGCAAAAUCGGGGAAAGGCAGUUGAGAUUGCAGAAGCCACCAAAUCUUUGCAAACACAGUACCAAAAUUUGGUCAGUGGAGAGGAAUCAUCAAUUUUGCAAGCGCUAAGCGCCAUGGGUAAAGAAUAG